AUGGACGAAAAAUACUUAAAACAGAAACAAGACGAAGAACCCGACUUUCAACAACUUAAAGUAUACAUUACCAAGGGCUGGCCAAAAAUAAAUAAAAUUCCAGAACAGCUAAAACGUUACCAUAAAUACGCAAAUAAAUUAAAAAUUGAAAAAAAUUUGUUAGUAUACGAAGAUCGAAUAAUAAUCCCAAAAACAUUGAGAAGAAAAAGUUUGGAAGCUAUUCAUAAAGGACAUCAAGGAAUUAAUAAAUGCUUAGGAAGAGCCAGAGAGACGAUAUGGUGGCCAGGAAUCAGAAGUCAUAUAAUCGAAAUCAUUCAAAAUUGCGAAAUUUGCCAAAAAGAUAAAAAUCCAAAUACAGAACCAAUGAUAACAAGUACAAUACCUAAAAGACCGUACGAACGGAUAACGGAAGACAAUUUGACAGCUACGAGUUUCGACAGUUUACAAAGGAGUACGGAUUCGAAUGGACAACCAGUAGCCCCGAAUACCAAUGGGCAAGCCGAAAGUGCUGUUAAAAUAGUAAAGAAAGUUUUUCGUUUAAAUGAAGACCCACACAUGGCUUUGUUAAUUUAUAGAAACUCACCACUAAAGUGCGGUCAAUCACCAGCAGAAUUAUUAUUUGGAAGGAAAUUACGGGACUGUCUACCAAUAUUAGAAUCAAAAUUAAAACCGAAAUCACCAAAUCAUAAUGAAGUAAAACAGAAAUUUGAAAUCGAAAAAGAGAAACAGAGGAAACAGUACAAUCGGAGACAUAGAGUUAAAUCGAAUGAACCACUAAAAGUGGGAGAAAGAGUUUGGAUAACGAAUAUGAAAAGGGAAGGAGUGGUAAAGGAGAAAACAAUGGAACCGAGAUCGUACAUGGUGGAGACAGAAAAGGGAGACAUAAGAAGAAAUAGAAAACAUUUAAUGAAAUUACCAAACGAGGAAGUUAUUAAACAGGAAGUGAAAGAGGAAAUUCAAGACUUAGGUGAACUUGGUAGAGGGAAAAGAAUCAAAAAGUUACCAAAAAGAUAUGAAGACUUUAUAGUAGGUUAA